AUGGCCCAAAAAACCGCAAUCCUCACCGGCGAAGCUUCUUCUCCUCUUCUCUUCCGACACGUUUCACCAGGACCAGGAGAUUCCGCCAUGCAGUUUAGGCUUAUUCAUUUCUGGGAAGCUCGCAAGAAUGUCAAAGGAGGACCUGGCAUCCUUCUUGGGAUCGAGAUGCUUAUGAUCGAUGCGGAGAGUACUUUGGCUCAGGGGUUCAUUGGUCAGAACCGCCGCAACCAAUAUGAGAAAGAGCUCAAGCGUGGGAGCAUCUACACACUGACAAACUACUAUGCAUCCAACAGCAAGGUGGAAGAAGACAGUGAAGACAUUUUGACAGAGCGCUUCAGAAUCCAUUCCUUUACAGAUUUUGAAGCCAACUGCGAUCUCAGAGGGGAUCUUCACGAUGUUGUUGGCCACCUUAAGCUGGUUGAUGGGCAGCCUCUCCAUCAGCGACCGGUUUUGUGCACCAAGGAUGACUCAGCUUCUCGGAAAGUUACGGUUCAUUUGCAGCUUAAAGAUGGUCCAGUGAUUAACGUCUACCUAUGGGACGAGGCUGUGGAGAAUUUCCGCCUGAAGUUUGAGGCAUGUGCAGCCACUCCAACGGUUCUAUUGGUUACAACGGUCAAUCCUAAGAGACUCGGUGGGAAAUUGUGCCUAAGUUCAAUGUCGUCAUCACGAGUGUUUUUGGACGAAGAAGUUGACCUCACCAAGGAAUACUUGACCUGGUUGACCAUGACCCCUUGUGCAACUUCUUCGGUCAACCCUGUUGAGGUGCUUAAAGCUGAGACGCUCACAAUAAGUGAGAUUGCUGCCUUCAUCAAGCGUCAACCUGCUAAGGUUGCCUACUUUGACUGCAUUGCCACAAUUGAUGAUGUCAAGCUUGGCACUGAGUGGAAUGAAAAUGCUACUGUAGUAGCCAACUACCGGGUGGAGAUGUCUGUCUAUGAUAAUGAGGAGCAGUGCGCUUUCAUUAUCCUCAGAGAUGCUGGGAAAGAGCUCACUGGCAGAAAAGCAACAGAGUUGAUCGACACUUAUGUUGAGGAAAAUGGUGGAGAUGGGGCUGAGCUUGAGGUUCCACUACCACAGUGUUUUAUCGACACAAUCAGACAUACUAAGAAAUUCAGGAUCAAGGUCGCCCCCUACAAUUUCACCUCUUCCCGACUAUCCUUCACAGCUACCAAAAUUGUGUCAUCAGCAGUUUUGCCACCAAAGAAGCCUCCACUCAAGACGCCACCAGGAACUGAAGUGGAAAAUUCAGAGUUAGCUGAGAGCAGUGGUGUUGGUACUUCAGCCACUGACGACCAGAAGAAAGCAAAGCGUACCAAGCAUAGUGGCUAG